UUCCAAAAAGAUUUGGUAUUGUGGGCUAUGUAUGUGUAAUUGUUCAUUUCCUUUGUGGAUUGGUAUUUACUGCUCUUACUGCAGUUUGGAAGGCAAGUGAGAACGGGAAAUUUUCUUGCUUUGUUGAUGCUAAAAGUACGGCCACGUACAAGAAACAGGUCGAUCAGGCAUGUUUGGCAAGGUAUGAUCAGUCGUAUAGCCCCCAUCUACCUUUGUACGGCUUUGUUUUAGUCAGUAUUGGAUUGCCAGUUCUUGUCAGUGUUGUUUAUUCACUGACAGUGCGCGAUCGCGUCGACGAAAUAGAGUCAAGACAUGAACGACCAACUGCCGUGAAUCAUGAACAGGACAGGAAAACGGUAUAUGUUUUUUAUUUCUAUUUUGUUCACCUUGUUGUACGUGCGUUAUUUGGGAUGAUUUUAACUGUUCUACAACACACAUAUUUCUAUUCUAAUGGGUUUGAUUUCAAAUUCAGCUGUAAUUACAAUACUACAUUAGUAACAUGUGAAAAUGCAACCGCAUCACGAAAACGGUUAUCGAGUAUAUUUUUGUCCAUAAUCAACGGUGUUGUUGCCUUUGUCGUACUUGUGGAAGUUAUUUAUCUCUCUUGGCGACGUUUACCAUUCCUCAAGUCUCGUUCUGGAGUUGGCUGGAGUUGUGAUAAUGACUUUGUUAGAGCUCAUUUUCUUCCCAAGCGACAGGCACCUCCUAAAUUUCAACUGAGAGCCAUCGAAUAUAUAUACUCGUACAAACAACAAAUUUUGAGUCGUCCUCGAUUUGACUUCUAUGUUAAAGUUGUUAUCCACACUGAACGAGCACCGCAUAAAUUUUCCAAAGACAUGAAAAGACACGAAAUUUUCGAUGUUUAUACGGAAGUUCCUUCAAAAUCCAUAAGUUUAGAAAAGAUAAAAGAUUUAUUUUACCCCAACGAAGAUACAGAAGGUAAUUUUCCCCGCAGCAUUCUGGUGAUUGGACGUCCCGGAAUUGGAAAAACGGUCUUGACCCAAAAGAUUCUCCGUGAUUGGGCUGAAGCCACUAAUCAAAUUAAUGAAUAUUAUUGUGACAAGAUCGCCUUCUCUUUUAAACUAAGAUGGUUCAAUAAUACAUUAGAAAAGAUAUCCCUAAAGACAUUUCUUCAAUUUGGAACGGGACUGAGCAAAGAAAAUUUUGAAAGUAUUUAUGAAGAAAUUACUAAAAAGCCACAAAAAGCCAUUCUUAUUUUUGACGGUUUGGAUGAGUUUCACGGCAACCCAAUCAAUUGUUUAGUCCAAUCCACAAUGAUUCCAAAUGACCCCAAUGCUUGCAUGUCUGCGAUGAAUAUAUUUGUCAAACUGUUUUGGGGCGACCUGUUGAAAGGAGCAACGGUUCUAGUAACGAGUAGACCGACUGCAGAUGAUUUUUACUCCAGGCUUGAUUUUGAUCGAAACGUGGAGAUUAUUGGUUUCACGUCCAAUAAAAUUGAAGAAUAUGUCAGCCGAUUUUGUAUCAAAAAUAACAAAACGGACCUUGAAGUAAAGAUAUGGGAACACAUCAAAACCUCAUCAGAACUGUUGAACUUAUGUUACAUUCCAGUCAACUGCUUUAUAGUAUGUGUUAUCCUCUCUGGAUGUCUUAGUGAGCCACAAAAUGAGACAAAUACUCUUCCAACAACACUAACAAAACUUUACCAGAACGCUUUACGUUAUUAUGAAAAAUACGAUAAUGACAGAGAUACAGAGGGAAACCCAAUGAUAACGGAAGAGAUUUUAAAGAAACUUCAACUAUUAGCAUUCCGUGGUAUGAAAAAUCACAAACUGAUUUUUGAUCAAGAAUCUGUUGAUAAACAAAUGAAGAAGUCUUGUCUGUUGAACAGUUUAUCCAACCCUAUUUUUCCAAUUCAAACACAGUUUUGUUUUAUUCAUUUAACCAUACAAGAAUUUCUUGCUGCAAGACACGUGACUGAAACACUUGCUCCACCUGAAAUAAAGAAGUUUAUUUCCGAUCAUGUUCGAAGUGGUAGAUGGCGUUUAGUUCUUCAGUUCAUUGCAGGACUUUUGGGUAAGAAAAUCGAGAUGUUUGAGUACAAAGAUUGUGUUUGGGCGUUUGCAGAAAGUUUCAAAGUUAUUCAUGGUAAAAUGAAACUUAAUUACAAUCAAGUGUUUGCAAUGACAUGUUUAAUGGAAGUGGACAAUGGCAAGAUUGCUAAAGAAGUUUGCGAGACAACUGCUUUGAACGAUGUUGUAAGGCUUAAUAAUUCUUAUUAUUGUGCUUCCCCAAGUGAAAUGGCAGCGGUGUGUUUUGUUUGCAAACACAUGAAAAACUUGGCAAGUUUAAAAUUAGAACCGACCAAUGCAGGCAGUGUUCAGGAAGUCCUAGAAUUGCUGCAAAAAAGAUGCAUAAAGAAACUAGAAUUGCUUGAACUCUCGCGGAGCUGUGCUCGUGUAUUCAGUGCAUUGAUAAAAUUAAACUGUACGUUGAACCACCAAGACACUAAGCUGACUUCGUUAAAGCUCCAGUAUUUUUCGAUUACCGAGGAAGAAUUACCAAACCUGUGCAUGUUUUUCGAAAAUGGGCAUGGAAGUCAUCUUGAGAGAUUAGAUCUACGUUAUCACAAAGGUUUAUUUGGCAUAUCGAAACUUUGUGAAGUCCUUAACAACAAUGACAAUUGUACAGAACUUACAUGUCUGUACCUUCAUUAUGUACCGUUAAAGUACGAGGAUGCAAGUGUGUUGUUUGAUACUCUGACUAAAGGACUUUGGAAGCUUACCAAGUUGAAUAUCACUGCGUGUGAGUUAACAGAUCGAUGUAUUCCUACGCUCGUUAAGGCGCUGCAAGAUGAACAUUGUCAACUGACUGUUCUAUCACUGGGGUGGAAUGCCAUAGGUGAUGAAGGUGUAGGUAUGUUGUUUGAAGAUGCACUGACAAAAGAGCAUUGUAAGCUUACUGAGUUGAAUCUUAGUUCGUGUUCGUUAACAGAUCGAUGCAUACCCAGUUUGCGUAAGGCACUGCAAGAUGAACGUUGUCAACUGACUGUUCUAUCACUGGGGCAUAAUGCCAUAGGUGAUGAAGGUGCAUGUAUGUUGUUUGAAGAUGCCCUGACAAAAGAGCAUUGUAAGCUUACUGAGUUGAAUCUUAGUUCGUGUUCGUUAACAGAUCGAUGCAUACCCAGUUUGUGUAAGGCACUGCAAGAUGAACGUUGUCAACUGACUGUUCUAAAACUGGCGUCCAAUGCCAUAGGUGAUAAAGGUGUAGGUAUGUUGUUUGAAGAUGCCCUGACAAAAGAGCAUUGUAAGCUUACUGAGUUGAAUCUUACUCAGUGUUCGUUAACGGAUCAAUGCAUAUCCAGUUUGUGCAAGGCGCUGCAAGAUAAACAUUGUCAACUGACUGUUCUAAAACUGGCGUCCAAUGCCAUAGGUGAUGAAGGUGCAGGUAUGUUGUUUAAAGAUGCCCUGACAAAAGAGCAUUGCAAGCUUACUAAGUUGGAUCUUGGUAAGUGUUCGUUAACAGAUCGUUGCAUACCAAGUUUGUGUAAAGCACUGCAAGAUGAACAUUGUCAACUGACUGAUCUAUUACUGGGGCAGAAUGCCAUAGGUGAUAAAGAUGUAGGUAUGUUGUUUGAAGAUGCCCUGACAAAAGAGCAUUGUAAGCUUACUAAGUUGAAUCUUACUCAGUGUUCGUUAACAGAUCGUUGCAUACCCAGUUUGUGUAAGGCGCUGCAAGAUGAACGUUGUAAAGUAACUGAAUUACGGCUUUGCACCAAUCAGUUUACGGGAAAGGGUAAAACGUUACUUGAUGAUGUACAGGAAUAUCCAAGUUGUAAAAGCAGAGGUUUACUACUUAAGACUGCUUUAUAAAGUUACAUAACACCUGUACUCUUGUAAAUAUGAAUGUAUGUAAAAAAUGUAAGAAAGAAAUGCUACUGUAAACCACCUUGGUGUCUAUUCCAGAAAUAUCAGCAUGGAGGAUCCGUGG